CAGGAGGCAGCCGGGGCCGCUGGAAUUCGUAUAACGGGUGAGAAAGUUAUCGGUGGAGGGAGGUAAAGGAACCAACCUUCGCCGCUUGGCUGCUGUGGCCGAGUGUUUUACCGUCAAAAAGCUCUUCAUUAUAUUCAGUCACUCAGCCAACCAGUAAGGCAUCCAGCAGUCCAGCCAGCCAGACAGAUUACCAGCCAGACUCUCAGCCAGCCAGUCUGCCCGCCAGACCCUCACGUGCUGGCUGUAGCACCAUUUAGUGAAGCGGCAGAGUUUGCACCAACUCGGAAACAGUUUACUGGUUUUGACUAUUCAGGUGGCGGCGAGCUACGGUGAGCUAUGCACGGGGCGGGGCGGGAAGCGCCAUGAAAUAGUGGUGGGGGAGCGGUGCCACGAUGGUGCUGGCGGGGUGCUGAGGCAGAGGCGACCCACAACGCUCAGCAUGAAGCCUUGGAGUCACCGCUGUGCUCUCGGCACUUUCGCCAGGCUACGGGCGGCCAUCAUCUGGGCGUGGGUGUGGUCGUUCGUGUGGGCGUGGGCGGUGUGCGGCGCGACGGGCACGUGUCCCAAGGUGUGCGAGUGUAAGUGGCGGGAUGGCAAGGAGACGGUGUCGUGUCCUGACGCUGAGUUCAUAGACAUCCCGCGCGGCCUUGGCUCCACAACGCAGGUGCUUAAUCUGCAGCACAACAACCUGCAGAUCCUACCGCGCGACGCCUUCAUCGACGCGGGUCUGGUGAACCUGCAGAAGGUGAGGCUCAACUUCUGCAACCUGAAGCACCUGGACCACGGCGCCUUCAACAUGCUGGCCAACCUGGUGGAGCUGGACCUGAGCCACAACAUGCUGCGUGCCGUGCCCUCGGAGGCCCUCGCCGACGUGCCUGGCCUGCGGGAGCUUCGCCUCGCCCACAACUACAUCACCUCACUGCCCGAGGAGGCCUUCACCCCCACGCCUGACCUGGUGCACCUGGUCAUCUCCCAGAACCAAAUCGAUGUCGUGAACGAGCGAGCCUUCCGCGGCCUGACCCGCCUCGAGGUGCUGAAGCUCUCCGACAACCGCCUGGCAGCGCUGGACGCAGCCAUCGUACACCCCCUCGUCGCCAUCCACGAGCUGCACCUCGACGCGAACCCCUGGCACUGCGACUGUCGCCUCAGGCCACUCAGGCGAUGGAUGAUCGAGCGCAACGUUGCUUUCCUAGAGCCGCCGACCUGCGUGCAACCAGACCGCCUCAAAGGCAGGUCGUGGCAGGCACUGACUUUGGACGAGUUUGUGUGUGUGCCGCAACUAACGGCCGUGGCCCCACGCGUCCUGGCUGCGCAUGGCGAAAACGUGUCCCUGUCAUGUCGCAUCGAGAAUGAUAUCGAUGCCACGGUGUCCUGGUUCCUCGGAGAUCGGGCGAUACGUAACGGCAGCGAGCGUUACCGUGUGCUGGAGUCCAUGUCGGCGAACCAGGAGACACGACUGUCCAACCUGACAUUGAAAGGGGCGGGGCCUCGGGACCAGGGCACGUACCGCUGCGUAGCGCUCAACAAGGCGGGCAGAUCAGAGGCCAACCUCACGCUGCAGGUGUCCAACGAGGUGGCGGAGGUGCGGCUGGUGACCAUGGAUCGCGUCUUUGUGACCGGCGGGCUGCUCACAGCCAUGGCCAUGAUCCUGGUUGUGCUGCUGCUCCUCACCGCCAUCCUCUUGCGGCGGCGGCAGCAGGCCAGGCUGCGGCGCGGAGUGGAGACUGAUCAUAAGACAGAAACACCUCAGAUGUCGCAGGACCGCGGCAGCACUUCCAGCGACUCCCAUCCAAAGCUGGCCGACUACCACAUCGUGCCCACCAACGACCUUGACGAGUCGUCGCCGCUGCCCACACACUCAGACAAGUCGUGGAUGUUGCGUGACGCCUCAGUCGACGACUUCCCUUCCACGAAGGAGGUGGAAAAGUCAAGUUCCUACGCUGAAUCUGAGCAGCGAAAGAUGUCGAAGCCUCGGCCUGGCGGCAGCGGCAAGUCGAGCUCGCCGAGCACAGUGUCAUACGUGGAGAUCCCCAAGUCCGAGCUGGCGGUGACGGGGCUGCCCACGCCCGACGAGCGGCUGCGGUGGAGAGAACACGCAGCCGAGGGCAAGGAAGGUCGCCUGCUGCAGAUGGGGGCGCAGCGGGGCUCCACGCUCUCCAUGGCCAGCGGCAGCCACUACCCUGACCUGCUGGACCUGCCCUACACACAGCAGCAGAAACAGCAGCUGCAGCAACAGCCGAGACCACCGAUGCAGCUGCUGAACCCCGCCUACUGCACGCUGCCUCGCGUGUCCAGCUCCAGCGGUCUGCUCGGGGCCACGGCCAGCCCAGGGAUGGAUAGUCUCUUCCAGGAAAUCUCUUUCUCGCUACCUUCCUCCAUACGAUACAGGUGCGCCAGCUGGGUGGACCUAGGGGAGAGCGACACGGCCUCCACCUCCCUCCCCUCCUAUGCCCGCUCCCCGCCCGUCCACCCGCAGCUCUCCCUCACCGACGAUGGCUCUCCCCCGCCCGCCCUCAAGGCUCACCGCGACACCCUCAAGGAACUCAUCAAUGCACACAGGGCGGAGCGAGCGGUGGCUGAGGCUGACAAGGGCGCAGUGGGGGGCUCCUCUGAUCCCUGCAACCUUGAAUACCACGCCGCGCAGCUCGAGAAGUUCCUGCUGGAGUAUAGGAAACUUCAGGACCAGCUGUACAGAAUGAAGGUGUCCUAUGAAGCCAGCCACAGCGACAGGAGUGAAGGAAGUGGCGAAGAGACAGCCCUGACGGAGUACAACGGUGAUGAUGAGAGGGACAACGUUCCACCACCUUGCCCGGAGACUCCAACCUCCAGCCUGCCGCGCUACACCCCGGCAGUAGCGGGAGCAUCCGGCAAACUCCCUGAUGACCCACUGGAGGAGCGAUCUUUGCCCUCCUUGCCGUCAGCAGAGCCUCUUCGGUCUAUUCUGAAGCGGAGAUACGAGGAGGGUGGUCGCGGGCUCCCUGGACUGCAAGGCUUGUUAGGAUUACAUGGGCUUCAAGGUCUCCAGGCACUCAAAGGCCUCCAAGAGAUGAAGGGCCUCCAGGGGCUGUCGAACCACCAAGGGUCUUCGUCUUCGUCUUACUCCAAAAGUGCCUCCUCCUUCGACGACCCUCCCCAGCCGCUCCGUCCCUCCCUCGCCCUGCCCCGCCUCCAGCCGCGCCCCGACCCGGAGUCCUGAGGCAAGGAGGGUACCCGUGAAGGAGAGCCGAGGGAGGGAGAAGAGCCAAGGAUGGAGAGGAUAGUGGAGGGAGCGGAGGAAACAAGCAAGGAAGAGAACAAUAAAUAACAUAAAGACGAUGAAUGGAGGGAGAAGGGAAAAGGCA